AUGGCUCCAAGAGUACCAUCCAGAAAGGACCCCGUGGACAAGGAAUCUCCGAGGAAAUCCCCAAAGAAGACAACGGGAAGACCAUCAUCGAAGCCGAAGCAGACAGCAGCCGAAGCACGUGCAGAGCAAGAUAUCGAUGCGGAACCACGUGCCACGCGAUCCAAGAACUCCCAAUCAAGUUCCACGUCGAAUCUCAAAGCUGCGUCACCAACAAAAGUCACCAAGAACAAGCGAAAGGAAUCGAGCAAAAUCAAGAAGACGUCCAAACCCGCUCAUGACAAGGCUGUCGAUGAUGGGGCCAGUGGUUCCGAAAAGAGUAAAGAAAGCGCAACCGCCGUUGCGAAGAAGAGCAAAAAGGUAGCCACGUCCGACGCUGGUGGCCCAGCAAAGGACAAGAAGCCACGAGGGAGACCUCCUGGCAAGAAAACUCCAGCUUCCUCGUACCAGGACUUGCUCAAAGUCAUCAACAAAGCCGCCUACGAGGCCGUUCUAGGAGGCGGGAUCGAGGCUCUCACCGCCUACCAGGAUUACCACUCCAAUGCGUCUAUCGCCGAAAACGACUACGUCAAUGCGACCAAUGCAGGCGCCAUGGCGGCAAUAAAAGAAGCUCUCGAACACCAGCGCCUGAAGAAGAGUGCGCGCCUGCAGGACGACAGCUCCGGGCAGACGCAUGUAGAGGCUGGCAGGCGUCGUCAUCUCACUCAAGCCGCGAUUGCAGCAACAAGGCUGGACGAGGCACUGCCCGGGAUUAAAAUAAUGAAGAAGAAGAAGAUGCCGCAGGCCAGGAAGAAGAAGGCCGUUCCCGCCAUUACCCCUCCUGUCAGUCCCACCAAGGCCAAUCUCAAAGCCCAAAUGGAGCGCCAAAGAGCGGAUGAGCUCAAGCUGCGCAACCAGCUCUUGCGCAGCGGCCUGCCAGUGUCUUCCGCAACGACCGACAGAGACAUACCACUGCCAGGGCUCUCCGAGUUGAGCCAACGUGGCAACAUGAUUUCGAGCACCAAUCCGGGCAUCAUCAGCAUCAUGGUGGAUGACCAUGCGCAAGACCGCAUCAAUCCUUUCUUCGAGACCCUGCCCGGACCGGAGAUCUGGUACCGCAACAUGCCACCCUUCUUUAAUUUUGGAGAGACCAAAUUCAUGGAACAGCAAAUUAGCGAUCAGAUCAACGAGGAUCUUGCGAGGGAACAUCCCGGCCCUGUUUCACGGAAACCACCUGCUAAGCCCACCGAAAGCAUCGCGUCCAAAGUCCUCUCGCCUUUCAAAGGCAUGCUUGGCGUUGGUGGUGCCGCCCCCACAUAUCAGGACCAGCCAGCAGCAGCAGAGGGAGAGGAGGAUGCAGAUGGACCUCCCGAGCCGAAAGUGUUGAGACCGGAUCAAUGGGUCCUUCCGGAGCUCAGCAAGGAGGAAAAAAAUGCCCUUCAGAAGAAGUCCUUGAUGAAGUCCGGUCUCCCUGAUUUCACACAGGAUUUUCAGCUCCCUGGUUUCUUGCGGGAGUUUCAGUCCGAGUCGCCGAAUAAGAGACGAGCUCCACCAAAUGGAUCCCAGGCUUCGCCGAAGCGUGGGCGCAUUGGUCGUUAG